AUGACACAAAAAGAAUCAAAUACAAUUAAUCUUGAAGAUACAUUUUUUCUCUAUGGCCGUUCAUCUAAAUACAAAUAUCUUCUUAAACUGUCACCAACCACUCUUACAAUUACAACAGUAUCAAAUGAAAAUGAGAGUCGAUCUUUACCAUUAAAUAAUGUAAAAAUCAUUCCAAUUGAUGAUAUUUAUGGUUGUUUAUGUAUGAAACCACUUAUAAAUUCCAAACAAUGUUAUUUAACAUUUUAUCAAUAUGUUUUAAGACCACCGCAAGGUUUUAGUGGAAUAUUUUCGAAAAAACCACUUUUACAUCGAUCACAACAUAUAUUUAGCUAUGGAAAAUAUAAUGAUUAUGAUACAAAUCAUGCUGAAGUGAUUCGUUGGCAUCGUCAUAUAGUACAGGCAAUUUAUUUACGACGAAAUCUUCCUCUUGAUAUUGUACUAACAAAACGUGAUAAACGUGCACUUGUAUUUGUUAAUCCAGCUGGUGGUGCUGGUAAAGCAUAUCGUCUUGUUAUGGAAAAUGUUGUUGGUGUUUGGAGUGAAGCUGAAUUUAGUUAUCAAAUAGUCAUAACAGAAUAUGCUGGUCAUGCUCGAGAUUAUGUACAAUCAUUAGAUUUAAGUGAAUGGAGUGGUAUUGUAAUUGCUUCCGGUGAUGGACUUGUUUAUGAAGUCGUGAAUGGACUUUUUAGUAGAAAUGAUUGGCAAGAAGCGGUAAAAAUGCCUAUUGGACAUUUACCAUGUGGUUCAGGUAAUGCAUUUGCUGCAAGUAUUAUUCGUCAUAGCAAACAACCAAUUGCAGAAUCUAUGGAAAAAUUUGUUGUUCAAUCUGCUAUACUUAUAGCUACACAUCAAGUGCUGCCAUAUGAUAUGGCUGUUAUUGAUACAUGUGAUGGACAACGAGUUUUUUCUUUUCUCAGUGUCGAAUGGGCUGUUAUUGCUGAUGUUGAUUGUGAUAGUGAAAAAUAUCGUUUUCUUGGUGGAACUCGAUUUACAGUCGAAGCUGUCAAACGAAUUCUACGACCACGAAUUUAUACGGGUUAUAUCGAUUAUCUUCCAUAUGAUGUUACUGAUGAUACUGUUCAAAGAAAUCAAAUAACAUCCGAUACAACAACGGCUCAACUUCAUCAUCAUCUAUUACCACUCAAUGAACCUAUAUCAGUUGAUCCGGCAACGAGUAAAUGGCGUCGUAUUGAAGGUCCAUUUUCUUAUGUACUUAUUACAUCAAAAUCUGCUUUAUCACAAGAUACUGUAUCAACUCCACAAUCAACAUUAGCUGAUGGUUAUUUAACAUUACAAUUUAUACGUAUACGUGGUUCAACACGUUUGAAUUUAGCUAAAACAUUGUUAAGUUUAUCCGAUGGAAAACAUUUUGAAUAUGAUUUUGUUGAAUGGAUGCCUGUACGUGCAUUUCGUAUAGUACCAGCUGCAACAGAUGGAAAUCUUAUGAUUGAUGGUGAAAAAGUUCCUUAUGGUCCUUUACAAGGUGAAGUUCUACCAAGUAUUGGUCGAUGUAUGGGUAAACAACCUAGAGUGGAUUAA